GGAACCCGGAUCCCACUACUAGCCAAUCACCGCAGAGUGGAGACGGGCCUUAGCUAAGGCUCCGGAACCAAUCAUAUGCCAACGACGGGGAGGGGCUGGCGGUGUUGUGUGACUGACAGGAGCGGGCGACCCGCUUACUCCAGUCCUUAAGGGAGACCCCGCCCAUAUUUCAGGGAAAACAACAACAACAACAAACCCCACCAAGUGCAGAUCUUCAUGCAACAUUGAUGUUGUACAGCUUUUCAUCCAGAGAUCAGUCUGACAGUCUGGACAGACAGAACACACUUGUGAGAUAGGCAAGUAUCACCAUUUUCAACAGGUGACAUUUACAAAAUCAAGAACACAGCUGGACAAAGAAAAGUGUAGAACUGGUACCAACAUAAAUUACACAUCAGAUAUUAAAACAUUAAAUAAAUAUUAUGUACACUUAAUUUAGCCACCUAUAACAAAGGACUACAAACACCAAGGAAUGAGAGAGAGAUGUGGAGGAACAUGAAAUCCAUGGUACAGCGGAAACAGAAAGGAAGGAACCAGGCAGAUGGUGCUGGGACGGGGGGGACGAACCUUUCCCAGAGGAGUAAGAAACCACCUCAUUACGAGUGGAGUAAAUGGGAGUUGCUGGCUAUGAUUGUCCCCGUCCUCCUUCUGCUUUACAUCUUUCUGUGCUAUGAGAACUUCCAUUUCCACGUGGCUCAUAUGUAUGCCCACCUGGGGUACCCCAAUGCCCAACACAUUGUGGGACAGAGAUAUCUGCAAGGAGCCGGUGUGGAAAAGAAUGAGGAGAUGGCCAUGCAUUGGUUCAGGGAAGCCGCAGAGCAGGGCCACCCCCACUCCUCCUUUAACCUGGCUGUGGGAAAGCUGAAGAACAUGACCAUGUCACUUGACAAAGGGGAAGUGGAAAAUCUCCUCAGUGCGGCUGCAGGUCAUGGGCUCCAAGAAGCUCAGGAACUUUUAGACGUCAUCAUCAGGAACAGAAAUCUUCCUUGAUGGACCCCAAAAGAGAUGGCAGCACUCUCACCUUUCUAGUCCGUUUACUUGGGUACUGUAGCACAUCUUUUCUUCUCUGUCUUUGAUCAAUUUCUGGUCAUUUACUUUUGGAAACCUUCGAUGGGACACUGCAUUUGUCUUGCACUGAAUCACUGUACUUAGAAUGAAUGGCAUUUUGUAUUGUAUGAUGCAGGAAGAAAUACUAUUAUAUCCAGCCAUCUUGAUUUAACAUGACAGAACUUUGUCUUGAAUCCAACUUGAUCACCACUCAGCACAGAUUUGCUCAUGCCUCAGUCUUACAACAAGCUGCUAUUCAAUUUGAUCAUAGUACAAAGAGUGCUCUGGGGAUACAGAAAGAUAAUAGAAGUGAUCAGCACAUAAAUAGCUUUCCUUUUGUUUGUAGCUCACUACACUUGUACAGUGCUAGUGUCAUUCGCUUGCAAGUAGCUGGGAGCAGCUUCCAUGCCAGAGGCUGUGCAUGAACAGCCCAGGAGUGGGGGUUCUCACAGCAGAGCAGGGUAAGGCUGGCUUCCAGAGUUAAGGAUUGGAGAGGCCUAGCAGAUCACUGGUCCAGAUAACACCAGAAGGAAACGUUACACCUCCAUGUUCCUUGGCUCAAGCAUUUAUACCAUCCUCAGGCCUAGCAUUUAUUUGAAAUUAACCAUUUCAGUGUGAUUUAGAAUUGUUUAUUUUCCUGGCCCAUCCAGUGUCUUUUUUCCUAACAUUCUUUUUUAAAGUCUAGAAAACACAGAAGACAGUACAGUGUCUGCCACUACCUGCAGAGUGUAACAGAACCUGAGCCUCUUCUCCCUUCCCCUUAAUGUCAACUUAAAAAGGAAAAGCAAAGGCAGAAGCAAAAUAAGUUCUCUGGCCCUAGAAUCUGAAUGGAUCUUGUUUCCAUUGCAUAUGACAAUUACCAACCACAGGCCUGAGCCUUUGAAGGCGACGGAAAUCUUUCUAUUGAUGUUAGUGAGUUUUGUAUCAUGCCCUCUGUCAACUGUUUUUAAAUCUCCCCCCCACCCACACACACCUGCUUUAGCUCCAGCACUGCAAUCCUGUCCUUUUAUUUGAAAACUAGAUCUGUGCUAUAUGUAAACAGCAUGUUGUCAAACAGUGACCCACCAAUAAAGUACA